CGGAAGUCCCCCCCGCCAGUUUUCGUCUGUUGCCGACCCGAAGAGCGCGCCCGCCCGGCCGCGUUCGUUAUUUGGUUCUGUUGUCCGCUUCACCCUCCCGCUGCAGCUAAGAACGGUUGCGCUCGGUUCGGUUUGGCCCGCGUGGCUGCUGCGCGGAGGGAGCGCCGGAGGGGCGGUGCUUGCCGAAUCAAACGCAACGGAGCUGACUGAGUGCGAGCAACAUGGACACGGAGUUGUUUAUGGAGUGUGAGGAGGAGGAGCUGGAGCCGUGGCAACAGGUGGACGACGGCGUGGACGAAGACGACGGCGAUGAGGACAACCGGGACGGGGACACGUGUGAGCCAGCUUCUUUGUCAUCGUCUUCAUCGUUGUGGAAACCGCUGGCUCCACCUCUUCCUCCCAUCGCUGCCUCCCCACUGGUGUCUCAGGCCCCGCCCCUCAUCUUGACGCAGACCAGCGGGGGGGCGCACCUCCUCCUCACCACACAGGCGUUUCCGCUGCCGUCUCCCGGACCUUCGCUUUUCGUCACCCUGCCACAGAUGCCCCCGCCCGCGGUACGACCCGCCGUGUCCUCUGCCUUCUCACGGAGCCACGCCCUUUCUCCUGCCCAGCUGCCCCUCCGUGCCAGCAGGGGGCACCAAGUGAACUUUCACCUGCCUCAGCCGGGUGACGCCAAAGCCUCUGACUCGUCAGCAGCUCCCGGCUGCGUGUCUUACUCGAAUGCGACGGCCGCCAAGGUGGUCCUCAGCGUGGACGAGUUCUACUACGGGACAGCCGGGGGGGAGCAGCCUCUGAGGAGGAAGUAUCACCAGGCGCUCAAAGCAGACACCUUCAGCUGCAACAUUUGCGAGCGCGCAGUCAGCGACAACCUCAGGCUGGUGCAGCACACACUUCAGCACUCGCCGCUGAUCCGAGGAGGCGACGACCAGAAAAUGUGCGCCUUCUGCUUCCGCCAGUUUUCCAGCGGCACCCAUCUUCAGGGCCACCGCGAGCGGGUUCACGGCCCCGCCCCCUCCUCUUGUACGUGUCGCAUCUGCGAGUGGGCCUUUGACAACGAGUCAGCGUUCCUCAACCACAUGAAGGCCAAUCACAAGCCGGGGGAGAUGCCGUACGUCUGCCAGGUGUGCUUCUACCGCUCGUCCUUCUACUCGGACGUCCUGCAGCACUUCGCCAGCUUCCACAGAGAUUCGCGCUACCUGCUCUGCGUCUUCUGCCUCAAAGUCAGCAGGAACGUGGCCAGCUACCAGAAGCACGUCCUGCGCCACCAGGCGGGCCAGGCUUUCCACUGCAGCCGAUGUCGCCUGCAGUUUGCCUUCUUGGCGGACAAAAAGCGCCACAAGCUGGAGCGCCACCGCAGCGUCCGCAGACCCGCCAAGUUGGACGGGCUGCCGCUGGGUUCAAAGGUGACCAUUCGCAUGUACGGGAAAAGAAGACUUCCGGUGGCGGCGGUCGGGGGCGGGGCCCGACUCCUGCAGGGCCCCGCGUGCCUCAUCCAGCCCAUCAAGAUCAAGGCAGAGCGGCAAAACGGGAGCCCCCCGCCAGCCGAACCCCCCAGAUCGCCCCCAGGAGGGCCGGCCAGGGUGCAGAGCAGCAGGUUGUUGUGUUUGGAGUGCGGCGGAGAGGUCUCAGACUUUUCGGCGCACUACCCCACGCACGUGCGCUGCCUGCUCUGCGCUUUCGCCAGCUGCUGCUCUCGCGCGUACGCCGCCCACAUGAUCCGCCACCACGUGCCGCACUCCGAAGACCAACUUCUUCCUCUGCAUCGGCAGCCCCCCCCCUGUCCUUUCUUCCUGCUGUGUUCCUGCUGCGACUUCGCAUCGGUGUCUGGGGACAAGAUGGCCGAACACCUCCUGGUCAACCUGGAGCACCGGAGCGCCACCUGUCGCUCCAGAGUGUACGUCGAGCCAGACAUCCAGCUGUGUUCAGACGAAGAGACGCCACGCGUGGUUGAGGCCGACGAGCCAGUUCAGAACGAGGACUGGAGGUUGGCGGCCAGUUGGAAACAACCUGAGGACUACCCGGACGCCAAGGCCUGCAUUCCGCCGUUCACUCAGCCCUGCGGACCUCGUCAGCCUCUACUGAAGAACGGUGACGCUGUGGAUUUCUUCAAACUGUUGUUCCCUGCGGCGUUGGUAGAACUGAUCACCACCGAGACCAAUGCCCACGCCAAGACCUGCCGCUACUUGGGCUCAGGCUGCCAGGACUGGGUUCCGGUCACCCCCCAAGAAAUCAAAGGUUUCCUGGGUCUCUGCAUCCUGAUGGGACUUCAGAACCUGCCAGAGCUGUCUCAGUACUGGUCCUGCAAUGAGCGUGACGACGGCCCCACCUUCCAGCGUACCAUGAGCCCGGAACGCUUUAAGCAAUUGGCGUCAAACAUCCGCAUGGGAAGCUUCAGCGCUGACGAGUAUGAGCGUGGCCGCAAAGCCAGCGACCCACUGCGCGUCUUCAGGCGCAUGCUGGACAUCCUGAGCGGCGCCAUGUGGGACGCCUACCGGCCCAACUGCUGCCUGACUGUGGACAGAGCGCUGCUUCCCGGUCUGGAGGGGGACCUCAGAACGAGUAACUCCAAGAGCCAGCCUCAGGUGUGGUUGCUGUGUGACUCCAAGUCUGGCUACUGCCACCGCCUCUUCAUCCAGAUGGGCGAGAAGGUGAGCCAGGAGGCGGGCUUUGACGUGGUGCAGGAGCUGGUCAAGGGUCUGGAGAACAAGCACCACCAGAUCUACAUGGCCAACUCGCUCAUAUCCGUCCCUUUGGUGCAGAAGCUUCUGGCGCAGGGUAUCUACGCCUCCAGCUCCUUCCCGCCUCCCAGCCGCAUCCUGCCCGCGGCACUCUGGGAGGAUGGCCGGCUGGACAAACCCGGGGACUUCCUGCAGAGACGCUGGGGUUCCCUGCUGGCCACACGCUGGAGGGACACCAAGGAGAUGGGCUGCCUGUCCACAAAUGCCCAUGCGGGGGAAGCGGACACCGUGUGGAGGCGGUCCCUGACCAAAGUGGGCGGCUUGGAUCCCAUGACCCGGCCAAUGGCCUUCCGACUCCUGCAGGAGAACAUGCGAGGGGUGGACAUCUGCAAGCAGCUGCUGGCCUGCAACCCUUUGGGUGGAAUACUGCAGGAUCGCCAUUGGCGCGGUCUCUUCUGGUUUCUAGUCAACCUGAGCGUGGUCAACGCCUUCAUCAUUCUGCGCGAGAGCCGCAAGGGCAGCCCGCCGGCCUGGGUGCGGGACGGCCUCUUCACGCAGGUCACCUUCCGCAGGCGUCUGGGUAUCCAGCUGGCCGAGUGCGCCCAGAAGCUGUCUGAAAAGAGCGCCGUGCGGUGGCCCAAAGCAGAAAGGGCAGAUCAAAACGUCCGACGACGACACCAGAUGGGCAAGGUGGGCGGCUGCUCCAAGAGGUGCCAACACUGCGACGGGAACAUGGACGGCGCCUGGGGCUGCGUUGCGUGCGGAGUCGGACUGUGCAAAGAGCCGCGAUGCUUCUGGGAGUUUCACGGACUGUCGCCUCUCAACAAAGGCCUAACAGAAGUAGGAUUCCUCGAAAACGGCCAGAGUGGCGAGGCGGAGCCUGACAAAGUCCAUGACCAUCUGGCCCCUCUCGAGGACUUGGACUUCUCUGAAGACGAGGGUCCGGACGAGCUUGAGGAAAGCGAAUGUAUAAAAGAGGAGGUUCCUUCCCCCCCCUCGCCUCAUCCGACAGAUCUCAGCAGCCAAGCGGCCGCUCCCGUCCCCAAAGAGCGAGUAGACUUCCUGUCGGCUCACCAACUGAGGGUGGCGCUUCUGGCUUUAUGCGGCGGACUGCGUCAAGCUUCCAUGGUCUUCGCCACCGAGCCGCAGCUCAUCCGGUUCUGGCUGAAGGAGGCCAGGAAGCAUCUGAAGCAAAAGAACCGUGAACUUGAGGUCCGGGUCCAGGGGGGUGGCGAGGCCUGCCUGGUGGCCUGGGUGCUGAGCCAGCGCGAGCAGCAGCUUCCUGUCAGCGAGAGCGUUUUCUUCCACAAAGCGGCCACGCUUAACAAGAACGGAGAGUUGGGCGACACCUUCCACAUGUCGUACGACUGGGCCGUGCUCUUCAUGCUUCGGUACCAGCUCGGCCCGACGCCCGCAGGCAGGAAACGGACGCGGGCUCGCGCUCUACCGCCAUCUCUGCAGGCUAGCGUUCAGUCGUUCAAAGACUUCACCCAGAACGUGAUCCGGGUUCACCAUCUAUCCGACAGUUCGGUCGCAGUGAUGGAUGAGUUGUACUUCUUUGUGGAUUUGAGGAGCUUUCAGGACCGGCGUCACCGUGCUGAGGCUUUGCAGUUCACAGGAUCGGUACCGCUGGUCACCGUGUGUCUGUCGGCACUGGCCGACGGAACCAUGCUGCCCGCCUUGGUGCUGACCAACAGACAGCCAAUCGAUGAGGUUCUGCCAGACUUUGUUGUGCUCGAAGUCAGUUCGCAGAACCCGUCCGCUGAGGAGGCCUUUAAGCUCUGGACUCAAAGGAUUUGGCUUCAGUAUAUUUCUGGGCCAGUUCACCACAGGAAGUCCAUGUUGGUGUUGGACCAGCACCAAGACCACGUGGGAGACGUUUCUCUCAGUAACCUGAGCGGCUGGGGCACCCUCCCCGCCGUAAUCCCCGAAGGAUGUUCCUUCCUCCUGCAGCCUCUGGACCUUGGCAUCAAGCCGGCUCUGGAGCGUUUCUUCCGAGCUCGUUGGAACAAGUUCAGUGCAGGCAAGCCGAAAGAGCCUGAAGAGGUGGCGCCUGGACAACUGCAAGACAGCGCUGCUCAGAUGCUGAUCCGCUGGACGGUCCAAGCCUUGACACGUCUCAAAGACCUCCGCCAGCUGUGGAGGACGUCUUUUGAGAUUACAGGGAUCCUGCCAAAGACAGACCCUGGUGAGGAAGGUCUUGACAGAGAGGAGAAACAACAGAACCUUCUGGAGAAGCUUGAAGACAUAAUGCUGCCUUCUGAAGACCGUUUGGACCUCCUAGAAGUAGAAGAUAAAGAGGAAGAUGAUGACUCUGAAGACGACCAGAAGUCCGAAGAGAAACGCGAAGAGAACAAAGAGGAGGGUGAUCCAGAAGAAGAAGAUCCAGAGGCUGACACCAACAUGAACCGGGAAAAGAAUAAAGAGGAGGACGGUCAGGAAGGAGAAAAAGAACUGGGGGAAGACACCGAAAUAGAUGGAGGAGACCAGCUUAUGACGAUGGAGGAGGACAGCGAAGAAGAAGUCGAGAAGGAGAACGAGUACAGGAAGGAGGCUACCAAGGAGCGCAGGGAGACCAGGAUCAUGAUCGGAGAGGAAGUCGGCGACGAGUGGAAGAUAACCAUGAAGACGAGGACAGAGACCAGGAUGGAGGGGUCCCAGACGAACCAGGGCAAGCCUCAACAAAUGGACCAGAGCUGAGGGUCAUUCCAGAUCAUUCAAUGUCAUUCGAGGAUCCCAAAGUGGACCGGCAGGACUGUUGGGAUGCACAGCUGGAAAGGCUUCAAGUGUCCGACACUUCCGUGACGCUCGCGAUUGACGUUCUAAAAACUUGAUCAUCAUUCAUUUUGACUGCGACGUGUGAAGCAGAUGCCCAAACAUGGAAAGCUAGCUCCUAGCCUCUAGCUACCAAACUGAGCUAGUUUUGGUAAUGCUAAGUCCCUCUCACUUAACGGCACCCAACCCAAUCGGAACGCUCCAUGCAAACUAAUGCGUGACUUUGUUAGCAUUGCUACAUGCUAACGCUAACUAUAGCAUAUAGCCUAGCUUCCACAAUAUGAGCGACCAGCUCGUCAAAGGUCAAAUGAGACGUGAUCUUUUUGUUGCGGUUUUGUCACUUCCUGUCCGUCGCUUCCUGCCAAUCAUGUGACAUCAUCGUAGGUCACAUGCUUAUGGUGGGUGGGGCCAAUCAGACACCUGAAUGAUGCUCGUCAUUUCACAUUUUUCAGUAUAAAAGUAUUUUUAUUGUUAACUACUGCUUGUGAAAACUUUGUAGGGAAUGACUGACGUUGUCAGCUUUCAAUCAUAUUUUCGAGUUCUUCUUGCUCAACACAAUAUGACUUUUGAUCUAAAAGCAACAGAGUUCUUGCUGAGAUAAAGUAUUAAAAGCGGCGUUCUUAAAGGUC